AUGGACUCCCUCAGCACAGCAAACGUUGAAUUCUGUCUGGAUGUGUUCAAGGAGCUGAGCUCUAACCACGCGGGAGACAAUGUCUUCUUCUCCCCGCUGGGUCUUCUUUACGCUCUUAGUAGCCUCCUGGGGGCCAGAGGGGACAGCGCAGCGCAGAUGGAGAAGGUGCUUCACUUUAAUCAUAUUGUAGAAUCAUCAGGACCAGAGUUCAAGGACUUGGCUAAGUGCAACCGAGCUGGAAGGAUCCACUCAGAGUUAGGAGCCCUCUUCUCCCAGAUCAAUCGGCCAGACUCUAACUACACCCUGAGCGUCGCCAACAGACUCUACGGGACAAAGGCGAUGGCAUUCCAUGAGCAAUACUUACACUGUUCUGAGAAACUGUAUCAAGCCAGGCUGCAAACUGUUGAUUUUGAACGGUCUGCGGAAGAAACAAGGAAAACCAUCAAUGCUUGGGUUGAAAGUAAAACUGAUGGAAAAGUCACUAACCUCUUUGGAAAAGGCACGAUUGAGCCCUCCUGUGUCAUGGUCCUGGUGAAUGCCAUUUAUUUCAAAGGACAAUGGCAGAGUAAAUUCCGGGAACGAGAAACGUUUAGAACCCCUUUUCAGUUAAGUAAGGGUAAAAGUGUAACUGUGGAGAUGAUGUAUCAGACUGGGAAGUUUAAACUGGCCCUCAUCGAGGAACCACAGAUGCAGGUUUUGGAGCUGCCCUAUGUCAACAACACACUUGGCAUGAUCAUUCUGCUUCCAGUGGGCACGGCUGACUUAGACCAGGUAGAGAAGCAGCUGAACUCGAAGGCCUUUCAGGAAUGGACCAGCCCGUCCAACAUGGUGCAGAGGGACGUGGAAGUGCAUCUCCCGAGGUUCAAACUGGAGAUCAAGUACGAGCUCAAUUCCCUGUUGGAGUCCCUCGGGAUGACAGACAUCUUCAGCCAGGUCAGAGCAGAUCUUUCUGGAAUAUCACCAGUCAAGGGCCUCUUUGUAUCAAAGGUCAUCCACAAGUCCUAUGUGGAGGUCAACGAGGAGGGCACGGAGGCAGCCGCGGCCACUGGCGACGUCCUGGUAGUAAAAAGACUUCCCAUCCGAGCUCAGUUCGUGGCAAACCACCCCUUCCUGUUCUUCAUCAAGCACUUUCACACCAACACAAUUCUCUUCUGUGGCAAGCUGGCCUCUCCCUGA